CCACUCCCACUUCUCCCUGCCAGGCCCCGGAUGGAAGAUGGCGUCGUAAUGUUGCCCUUUUGAAGCCUCCCAGUCGCGUUUUUACCUUAUCUUCCGCACCUGCUCAUCCCUGAGACGCUCUCCUCUUAGUAUUGCAUUAAUGGUAAUGCAUGCGAGGAAACUACCACGUAUUAGCGAUGGGUUCAUCGAGAAGCACCAGACCCACAGCUACGAGAAUUCAAAGUACAGCAGCAGUAAGUACAGGUACAGCAACCAUGAGAAGAGUCGGGAUUCACCAUCUACCAACUCUCUCCGCUCUUCAUCGCCAGACUCGAGGUCACAGUCUCCACGCUACCACAAAGCCAGCUACUACAAGGUGCGUGAGAAGGAAAGAGAUAGGGACCGAGACAACCGGGACCGGGACCGGGAUCGUGAAAGGGACCGCGACCGUGAUCGAGACAGAGAUCGGGACAGAGACCGUGACCGAGAUCGGGAUCGGGAUUACCAUUACAGAGACCGAGAUGACAGCAGGUCUCCCAAAGAGCGUCGAAGAGAAGUUCGUGACCGAGACAGAGAUCGGGAACGAGAUCGGGACAACCGAGGCAACCAUGAUCGUAUUAAUUCCGUUCACAAGAAGGAGGAGAAGGAACGCUUGGCGAGGGUGGGGGACUGGUCGGAGCAUGUAAGCUCUUCAGGCAAGAAAUACUACUACAACUGCCGCACCGAAGUCUCUCAGUGGGAAAAGCCCCCAGAGUGGCUAGAGUGGGAGAGAACACGUGCCAAGGAAACCUCCAAUAGGUCACAUGACAAGAGUUCCACCAGGCAAGAUAAACAUUCCAAUCUGGGAGAAAGUUACCGGGAAGGCAGAGACAUCAGGGAUGGUGAGAGAGAAAGGAAUGAUCGUGAUAGGAGAGAAGUAUAUCGAGGUGAUGACAUGUAUGAUAGAAGAGACUCUAGAAAAUAUGGUCAAGAGGUAGGUGCAGCAGAUAUGGAUAUAUCUUCAGGUGACAGCACGCCAACCUCUGAACAUCUACACACUCGGGGAGCCACUACAGAGAACAGCCACGACGUCAGUGGAGCCACCGUGUCCCUGGCGACUACUUCAGGCGCGACCGUUACGUCCACUCAUUCAGGCACAACCACGACACAUAUACAAAGUGGUUUGAGACCAAAACUUGGACUGCCACCAAGUUCUCUACCCUCAUCCUUACCCCUGCUAAGCAGUACUACUGUGGCUUCAACCUCAGGCACCAACACCACUAGCACUACUACUACCACCUCAUUAACAAGCAGUAUACCUGCCUUGAGUGGCUCCACCUCCAUGGCAGUACCACAGCUACUAAAUCUCCAUCCCCGCCUCAUGACUCUACCAAACUCGUUGAACAAAAGUGGAAUAGAUAUGGACACCACAAAAACUGUGAACUCUAAUAAUUCUCAUACUCAUGAUGGAGAAGGAAUCAUAGUGAAAUCACAGCUAGAACCACUAACAAUAUCAGCAAAUAGUAAUAACAUAGGUGGAGGCCCCCCAACACCAACACAUUCAGAAAACCAAGAUGGUAUUGACAUCAGAAAAGUGGGGAGCCCAACCAGCAGUAUUAACUCCCUACAGUCACUGACCCAGACAGCUGGAGGAUCCUUAGCUGGGCUCAGGCCUCUUGUGCCUGCCCUUACCCCUAGCCUCGCUAAUUACUACAAGGAGACCCUCAUUUCACAUGUACAAAAUUGGCCAGCAGAAGCCCUUGAAAAGCCAGCCCAGAGGCUGUCUGAAGAAGCUCACUCUGUUGGGAGUCUGGUGAUGACGCGGGUAUCUGCCGAGCUCAAGAUGGCGCGGUCCCUUGUACGUCUGGCAGAGAUACAGGCCACACUCCAUGAACAAAGGAUACUUUUUCUACGUGCUCAGAAGAGAGAACUGGAAGAAAUGAAGGCACAGAAUUCCUUCAUGAGUGACACAUAGUGUUGGCCUACCUGUGAUAGCUGCCUGGGUCAGUUGUCUUAGAGUAGACAUGCCUGGGAAUAUUUAUAAAGUGUUAUAUUUUCUUAAUCAUGUUCUAGGUGUGUGAACAUUGGUGAAUUCCAAAGUGUAGGGUGUAACAGUGUGGCGAAAUAACUGACUGUGGGCCCCGGUGAUGCAGGCACCUGCCUGUCAACUGCCACCCCCAAGAUCUGGUGCACAGUGUGCACUGCCACAGGCCUGGGCAACAGUGGCCCUCACAGGACAUCCCCAUCACCUCCCUUCCUGUGUGUGGCACAGACCAUCCCAGGUACCCUCCACCAAGAUCUCCAAUGUCAUCUGUGUUUCUCUGUGAUGAAUAACACAACUAGACACCUCUAAAAGGCUGAGCCUUGACUGAACAGCUUUGCCAUGUCACAAUGUAAAACCGGAUAUGUCAGAGGCUGGCACUGUAUCACACUCCCUGGGGUCUGAGGCACACUCCUAUCCCUCCCCUGAGUACCAACUGUCCUCUUCCCUUCAUCACACACACACACACUUUCCUCUGCUGGGUGAGCUGUAUUGCUACAGCUCUCUAGCUGAAUAGGUUUGAGAGAUUGUAUUUAUUGCUUUUAUAUAUUUCAAAACACUCCCUUGUGAACCACUGUUCCUACCAGCUUAUUACUACUGUUAGGAGAUCACAGUUCAGUACCACCAACUCUAUUUCUUUGUUUUGGGAAUAAGUUGGAAGAGUUGUGUGUGAUGUUUCCAGUUCAGUAGGUGUGGUACACAAUGCCUAUUUACUAUCUGUAGUUAUGGGGGGAGAGUAUAUUAUUAUCUUUUUUUUUUUUUUUUUUUUUUUCCUCAAAUUUCAAAAUGGCUUUCCUUGAUCUUUUUUUUUUUUUUUUUUUUUUUUUUUUUUCUCAAAUUUCAAAAUGGCUUUCCUUGAUCAAUUUUUUGUGUAGGUCCUGUGAAUGUGAUAUUGUGUUCUUGGUGGUUCUCAUUUGGUCCCCAGGGUUGGAAAUAAGGCAGUGUUUAAAGAAGAGGGAUGGUGACAUGUUCUUUUAGUAAUCUUUCCUUUGCUGGCUAAUGUCUCAGUCGUCAUAGUUCCAACUGCGCUGUGAAGGAAAAAUAUUGUCAUAUUCCUAACCAGUUGUUGAUACUUCUCAUGAAGUAAUAUGUUGAAGUGUUAGAUAUUGGUGAACAAGUUAAGAAACAUUUAGUUGAAAGGUUGUGGUCUUGCAGUGGGUGUGGAGGCCAUCUGAGUGAUUGAAAGCAACAUUUUUUUUUUUUUUUUUUUUUUUUUUUUUUUUUUUUGCAUCUAUUUCCUGUCUCCAGUUUCUUGUCUUCUUGCAUUCUUAACAUUACUUGAAUGGGACCUGGUUUCAAGCAGUGAGCAGUUGUCAGCAAGGCCAAGUUCAGUCAUUAGUUUCAUAUCAGGGAUUUUAAUUGCUUGCUUUCACAGGAAUCUGCAUCUCAUAAUGCACUAAGACAUUCUUGCAUCCAUUCAUAAAUAUAAUUUUUAUUUAAUUAAUUUUAAUAGUUUGAUGUGCUGCUUCUGCUGCCAAAGUUUUUCAUGAAAUGCUAUUCUCAGGCUCAACAAAUUUUGCUGAUAUUAAAUUGAAUGGCAUGUGUGAUGUAGCUGAAGACAGGCUGGAAAAGAGAGAGGAAAGAGCUUGCAGUAACUUGCUUAAGUCCUGGCAGUAUGCCACUUUAUGUUGGCAAUAGUGAAAACCUAUACAGAUUUCCCAGCCACAAUCAGUAGGUUGCAGAGUUACAAUGGUGCUAAAGUAUUUUGGUAAUUGGCUGUUCACUGAGCACUGUGAUUUGAGCAGCUGAGGGGCAAAAGUUUUGUAUGCCUUGUACAUGUUUUGACAUGAAUCUAGUCCAGAAAUGUUACAAUAGAGUUUGGUUCUUGUAUCACUGCUCUGCCACCACUCACAGGAAGGUCCAUGUGCCCAUGGGACCAGCAGCUGUUUGUGGAUGAGAGAAGUAUUUGUUACCCUGGCAGCACAGUGUGUGUAGCGAGCACCUAGUAUCCCCCUUUACCCCCUGAAGUGUUAGGUUGUCUUGGUGCCCAGCUGAGGAAGGUCUGCUUGGUUCACAUGCUUUUGGAAGUGCAUCAGAGGCUCACAGAAUGUGGCAUUGUUAAGUGGUGAUAAGUAUGUUAUUACCUGUGCUUGGUGCCAGUCUGGAAGUAUUAAGUUAAAAAAAAUUAUGUACCUUAAUUUUCCUCUCCCCAUUGUCCUCACCCUUAAGAAUGAAAUGUGAAAGUAGAGAAUCAGUUUGUGUUACACUGGCAGCCAAGUUUGAUUUGAACAUAUGUUUUGUGUUGUCACAAAAGUGUCUUUAGUGAUUCAUAUAUUGGUUAGUGGUUGGCAAAAGCAGCAGCUCGAGCAUCUCUUCAGUAAUGUGACACUAAUAUCUUUGCAUUCCAUUUUUCUACAUCCUUCUCUCUGACAUUAUUAUAUUCACUGUGUUAAACCUUGGUGUUGCUUCCUUAAUUUUUCUGUGUCAGGUAUGCCUUUGAACUAUGAUGCCCCUGUGUACCAUUUCUUGUCAUCAUAUAUGUUUUCUUAUGAACUCAACAGUAAAAAUGAAGAGGAAUCGGGACAUGUUUAUUUCUUAUCCCGCUCUGUUCAGUAUUGAUCUCUGUUGUCAUGCAAAGUUCCUGUGAUUCUCCAUUGUGCUCACACCAUAGAUGCUUCGUUACUCAGCUGGUAAAUUCACCACAUAUUAAAUCACAAAACAUUGGUACCUCACUUGUUAAACUUUUAUCUGGUUAUAUUUGUUUUUGCAGAUUGUAACAAUGUUGCUUAGUACAUAUUAUGAUUAAUCUUUCUUGUAAAUUCCUAUUCCUUAUAAUAGCAUGUCAGUCUGUUUACUAAGGUCAUGAUCCAGAUAUUGGUCAAUGAUAUCCUCCGACGUUCCAUAUUUGUUGGCUAUUUCUAGGUCUUCACCACCUUGGCAGGCUGGGGCAAGUUAACAAGAGGCUACGGAUUAUUUGUGUAGACAGUCAGGUGAAGCAUGGAGAAUGUAUUUGCAUGCUUGUACAUAAUGUUUGUUAACCUUAUGUACGCUGCAUUUGUAGGCUUUGUAUAAACGGGGAGCUGACUACUAUAAUAACAUGUACAGUUGUCUGCAAGCAUCCGUGGCCCUGUUGAACUGUGUCACCCAUGUUGCCUCUUUGUGUUCACUUGUUUCUGAUACUUUAUUUCUAUAUACGAGUACAUUAUUACCUAUUUUUUGUAUACUGAACUAGCUCAUUUAUACAUAGAAAAUUUGUUUCCCAUCUUUGGUUGAAUUUUGAAGUACAAUGUGUCACUGGAUAUGUGUGAAGUUCUUGUUGUUAAGGCUCAUCAUUGCCAGUGUGAAACACGAGAGAAGCCUCAGCACUGAGAGGUGUAGUGGCUGGGCUGUGGACAGGUGUCGUGUGGGAGCCCCACUCACCUUGGCAGCCUCACCCGCGCCAGACUGAAGAUUGCAGGACACAGAUUCACUUUGUGUUGGUCUACCCUUUUUCAACAUUUGCUUUAGGCCAAUUAGCCUAAUUUUUGUAAAUAUCAUUCCUUCUCAGAAAGGUUAAAUAAAUAAAGCUGAGCUC